AAUUGUUGAGAGCAGCAGGAUAGUCCAGAAGGAGAGUCUGCAUGGGGCGCCCUCCUCUUUGAGAUGGCUUGGAAUCCAGCUCCUGGUGGCAAUGUGACGACAAACCGUGAGGAUGAAAUUGGACUCCAUAGACAUCUAGAAUCCUCUGACACUGAAGAAGAAUACCAUGAGGAGAAUGACAUACAGAGAUCAAGCUCCAGAGAGCGAAUCAUUACCCCUAUGCAUCAUUGGGGGAGAGGAUUCAGAGGUGGCCAUAGGGGAAGAAAUGGGAAUUUUUUUGGAUGGAGACUUUCAGAAAAUCAGCCUUCACAUCAUCUGAUGAGGCAUGAUAACAGUGAAGAUCGAUCAGAGUGGAAUGGAAACCAAUCAGAAGAGAGACAGCCACAAAUAGAAGGAAAUCAAGUUUCCUUCAGGAGAGUUCAUGGCCACUCCCAAUCUCGUGGCCGCCGUAUUAUCAGAUCCCAUGGCCCCCACUCCAGAAGAUCUCAUAGCCACUUUAGGAGAGCUCCUGUCUACUCAGAUAGAUCUCAUCAUGACCAUGCAGAUAGACCACAUCAUGACCACCGAGAUAGACCAUAUGAUGACCACCGAGAUAGACCACAUUAUGACCACCCAUAUAGACCACAUCAUGACCACCCAGAUAGACCACAUCAUGACUACUUAGAUAGACCACGUCAUGACCACCCAGAUAGACUAUAUCAUGACCACCCAGAUAGACUACAUCAUGACCACCCAGAUAGACCACAUCAUGGCCACCCAGAUAGACUACAUCAUGGCCACCCAGAUAGACCACAUCAUGACCAUUCAGGUAGACUACAUUAUGACCACCCAGAUAGACCAGAUCUUGACCACCCAGAUAGAUCAUAUCAUGACCGUCCAGAUAGACUACAUCAUGACCAUACAGCUAGACCACAUCGUGACUACUCAGGUAGACCACAUCAUGACUAUUUAGGUAGAUCAUAUCAUGAUCACCCAGACAGACCUCAUCAUGAUUACCCAGACAGACCUCAUCAUGAUCACCCAGACAGUCCUCAUCAUGAUCACACAGACAGACCACAUUAUGAUCACCCAGGUAGACCACAUUAUGACCACCCAGGUAGACCACAUCAUGACCACCCAGGUAGACCACAUCAUGACCACCCAGGUAGACCACAUCAUGACCACCCAGGUAGACCACAUCAUGACCACCCAGGUAGACCACAUCAUGACCACCCAGGUAGACCACAUCAUGACCACCCAGGUAGACCACAUCAUGACCACCCAGGUAGACCACAUCAUGAUCACCCGGGUAGACCACAUCAUGACCACCCGGGUAGACCACAUCAUGACCAUCCGGAUAGACCACAUCAUUACCAUUCAGGUAGGUUUCAUCAUGACCACUCAGGUAGGUUUCAUCUUGGCCACACAGAGAGAGCUCAUCUUAGCCAUGAAGGGUUAGGUCACCAUGACCACAGAGGGAGAGCUCGUCUUAACCACACAGGGAUAGCUCAUCAUGACCAUGCUAGGAGAGCUAAUGAUGGCCAUGGAGGGAGAGCUCAUAACAACCGUACAUGGAGAUCUCGCAGUCAUGAAGAGAGAUAUCGUGGUCAAGCAGAAAGAUUUGGAAGAAUCCAAUCAUCACCAGAAUCUGAACCUGAAAUUGACAGAUUCUCUACAAUAAGAGAAACGACUGAAUACUUACUAGCUCAGGAACAGCAGAGAAAUGAGCUAAUUAAUCUGAAUGGAGGGGUAAAGGAAGGUUACAGCAGCUCUGAAGAAAGUGAUGAAAGUUCUGACAGUUUAUGGAGACCCGAAGUUGAUGCAGAAUUCCAGAAUGGUAGAUACACUACAAUUAAGACUAUUACACGUUUUCCAAAAGGAGUAAGACUGAACUUCAAUAUCGCAGCACGGACUAAUCGGACUAAUCUGUCCCUCCACACUAGAUUCACCAUCCUGAGGACUUUGAGACGUGCCAGAAUGAACAAUAUGAACAAUAGACCCAGAAGACAGGAAGACUGAACUGUCAUUUACUAUCAAGGGUUUGCUGAUAAUUGCACUGAACCAUACUUAGGAGCAUAAAUAUAUUCUUAGAAUGUUGAACUUUGGACUGUUCUUAUUAAAGUAGGUAUUCAGUAGGUUUUGAUGUCAAGAUUUGGUUGAUACUAAGCAAUUGGAAGAAAAACUGUUUAGCGCUGUUUGCAUAAAUGAACAAGGAGAUGAGCGAGAAGAAAGCUGGCUUAAGUGGGGUUAUUUUAGGAAAACAGCUAUUUUUAGAAAUAUAUGUUAUGUUUUCAAUGUUAGAGAAAACUGUAAUUUACUGUAGUCCUUAAGCUCUGGAACCUGUACAACUGAUAAAGUUCUGUCCACAAAAAUCAAUCCCUGUGAGUGACUUUAACAAUUGUUAAAAUAGUAAACUUUUAUACUUUUACAUUUUAUAGAAAUUUAUAGUGUAACAAGAUGAAACUUACUCUUUUACUUUUGUAAGAAUUCUAAAUGUAGUGUCUUUUGUUGUUGGUUUUGUAAACACAUGACAAAUAAUAAAGAGUUUGAGCAUUGUUAUUUA